CCAUUUCUUUUGUUCCAACGUGAACCGUGAGCGCAUUGACUGACCGUAGGUCUGUAGCAAACUAGCAAACAGAGGAAGCAAGAGCGGCGACUCGAGCAAAGCAGCCAACCAAACCAAUCAACCAUGGACGCCGGCGAGGUGCGGCACUGGAACGUCGACGUCAACGGCGUGUCCAUCCACGUCGCCGAGCAGGGCCCCGCGGAUGGGACGGCGGUGCUUCUCCUCCAUGGCUUCCCCGAGCUCUGGUUCUCCUGGCGCCGCCAGAUGGCCGCGCUCGCCGCCCGCGGGUUCCGCGCGCUCGCCCCCGACCUCCGCGGCUACGGCGAGUCCUCCGUACCCGACGACCCCGCCGCCUACUCCAUCUUCCACCUCGUCGGCGACGUCGUCGCGCUCCUUGACCAUCUCCAACUCACAAAGGUGUUCGUUGUCGGACACGACUGGGGAGCCCAGGUGGCGUGGCUUCUCUGCCUGUUCCGGCCGGACCGGGUGCGUGCCGUCGUCGCAUUGGGGGUACCGUACUUCCCUCGACACCCUCGGCCGAUGACGGAGGUCUUCGCGGCGUUUGGCGAUGGCUUUUACAUGACACAGUUCCAGGAGCCUGGAAGAGCUGAAAGGGCAUUUGCUCGUUAUGACGUUGCAACUGUCCUAAAAAAAUUCUACUCCAUACAAAUAGAUAACCUCACUGCUCCUCCUGGAAUGGAGAUCAUAGACUUUCUGGAAGCGUCUCCCUCACCACUUCCCUGGAUUGCAGAGGAAGAACUGAUCCAGUAUGCUGAAAAGUUUCAAAAGUCUGGGUUCACUGGACCCCUCAACUACUACCGCAUGGCUGAGACGAAUUGGAGGCUUCUUGCACCCUGGAAUGGUGCCAAGAUUACAGUGCCUGCAAAGUUCAUAGCUGGUGAUAAGGACAUUGGUGUGCAGUCCUUUGGAAUCGAGCAGUACAUCAAGAGUGGGGGAUUCAAGUCCAAUGUUCCGGAACUUGAGGUUGCCAUUAUCGAUGGUCACCAUUUCCUGCAGCAAGAACAGGCCGAGAGAGUGAACUCUGAGAUACUUUCCUACCUCGACAAGUUUACCAGCGAGUAGAGAGGCUAGAGGCAUCAUCAGCACGACGUUACUCUGUGUCUGAAAAAUGAAAUCUUUGGGAGAAUGCUAGUCUGUUCUCCUGAUCUGAGAAUGUUGGAGCCCAAACUCAGACCUGUGUGCUAGAAUAAGUGAUUGCUAGCCAUCUGUUGGCUUGCUUACAGGAAUAAAAGAGCUUUAUUUUUUCCCGAAA